CCUUUUUUUUUUUUUUUUUUUUUGGUGUGUGUGUUUGAUGUUUACUCCGUAUUAAUUAAUUACUACCAUUGAUUGGUAUCAACAGUCAUUAUCCUUUUCCUAUACGUCCCCUUGCCCUAAAAUCCUACAUUAUGCACAAACGAAUAUAUUCUAUUCUCUAUAUAUAUUAUCAUUCUCCCCUCCAACAAUAUAUCAUACUAACUUCCAACAUCUAUCUCUUUCUCUACUCUCUCUUCUUUGAAAACAACGUAGGAAAACCUAAGCUAGAUGACGGCUUCUACCAGUCCGGUUUCGGUUAAUGGUAAAAUGGGGGGUCGAACCCUCAUAGUUGGAUCAACCGGGUUCAUCGGUAGGUUCAUAGCCGAAGCUUGUCUAGACUCUGGUCGCCCUACUUAUUUACUUGUCCGGUCCGGUUCAUCCGCCUUCACAAGCAAGGCUCAAACCAUUCAUUCCCUUCAAAAUAAGGGUGCCACCGUUAUUAUCGGGACUAUAACGGACAAGAAGUUGAUGGAGAAGAUAUUUGAGGAAUAUAAGAUUGAAGUUGUGAUUUCAGCUGUUGGUGGAGAAAGCAUUUUAGACCAGCUCCAACUUAUUACUGCCAUCAAAGCUGUUGGCACUGUCAAGAGGUUCUUGCCAUCAGAAUUUGGGCAUGACAUAGAAAGAGCAUAUCCAGUAGAACCAGGACUACAAAUGUACAAUGAAAAAAGACAAGUUAGAAGAGCAAUUGAAGAGGCUGGGAUUUCCUACACCUACAUUUGUUGCAACUCCAUUGCUGCUUGGCCUUAUCAUGACAAUACUCAUCCUGCUGAUGUCCUUCCUCCUUUGGAUCGCUUCCAUAUUUAUGGCGACGGCAAUGUCAAAGCAUACUUUGUGGCUGGUACUGAUAUAGGAAGACUAACAAUGAAAGUGAUCAAUGAUAACCGGACUAUCAACAAAGCUGUUCAUUUUCGACCUCCUAACAAUCUCUUAAGCAUCAAUGAGCUUGCUUCCUUAUGGGAGAAGAAGAUUAAUCGUAACCUUCCUCGAGUCACCAUAACAGAAGAUGAUCUACUCAAUGCUGCUAAUGAAAUGAGGAUCCCUGAGAGUAUUGUGGCAGCAUUUACUCAUGACAUUUUCAUCCAAGGCUGUCAAAUAAAUUUUGCAUUGGAUAAAGCUACAGAUGUGGAAGCAACUUCGCUGUAUCCUGAUACACCCUUUCGGUCCAUUGAUGAGUGUUUCGAUGAUUUUGUAUCAGCUGUUAUUGAUGAGCGUGUAAUGGCUGAAAAACCAGCAAGUGGAAGUUCUGAAGGCAUAAAACUGCCUGUGUCUGAGGCGUAUGCUAUCACCUUGUCUGUUGCAUAGUCGCGUAGUUAAGCUAGCUAUUAGCACGAUUGUGUAACGCGAUUAUAUAAUCAGGAGUUAAUUAAUUGAAGCUGAGUAAGUCUAUUAGUAAAGUUUUGAUUCUUCAGAACAAUUGAGUUGAAUAAAGGGAUGUUAGAAUCAAAGAGGGAUGUUAUUGCCUACUAAACUUCAAGAGAUUGUAUGAUUCUGUUGGAAGUUUGAAAACAAAUUUAUUGAACAUUUGGUUGUAGUAAUUAUGAUAAAACUAAACAAUUUUAGUUCGUUUUUGAGCCGUGUUUGCUUCAAAUAUUUUGUUAGUGCAUCGUUGUUUUAUGAAGUGAUCGAUUCGAUCUACCAUGGAAGCAAUUUUCAUGGUUCAUCCAAUAUUCCAAUUGAUGGUAAAUAGGAUGGUAGUUUCGUUAAUAAGCUAAAGUUUGUAAGAGAAAAGUGCCAGCUGGAAAGUAAUGUAAGGGAAAAUCUCCAACGGUACAGUAACCAAAUAACGGGGAAUGAAAAAUGAAGAAACAAGUAUAUCCACUGACCCAAAGUAAUUUGUCCUCUUUAAUUUCACCCAAAAUGAAAAAAAAAAGAAAAAAAAAAGAUUUUUUAGAAAAUAACACCACAAAAAAGUCACGA